AUGAGCCUCUUCGGUAUUGGCAGAAAUCAGAGAACAUUCCGCCCAAAAAAAAGUACUCCUUCUGGAAGCAAGGGAGCUCAGCUUAGAAAACACAUUGAUGCGACAUUAGGUAGCGGAAAUCUGAGGGAAGCAGUAAAGCUACCUCCUGGAGAGGAUUUGAAUGAGUGGCUAGCUGUCAACACUGUUGAUUUUUUCAACCAGGUGAAUCUGCUUUAUGGCACCCUCACAGAGUUCUGUACUCCCGAGAAUUGUCGCACAAUGUCUGCAGGACCCAAGUACGAAUAUAGAUGGGCAGAUGGUGUGCAAAUUAAGAAACCUAUUGAGGUAUCUGCUCCAAAAUAUGUAGAAUAUCUGAUGGACUGGGUUGAAACACAGCUUGACGAUGAAUCCAUAUUCCCUCAGAAGCUGGACCUGUGGGAUCAUGAUGCAGGUUCUCCAUUUCCUCCCAACUUUAAGGAUGUCGUCAAGACAAUAUUCAAGCGGCUGUUCCGUGUAUAUGCUCAUAUUUAUCAUUCUCACUUUCAGAAAAUUGUGAGCCUCAAAGAAGAGGCUCAUCUUAACACCUGCUUCAAGCAUUUUAUACUCUUCACUUGUGAGUUUGGGCUGAUUGAAAAAAAGGAACUGGCUCCACUUCAAGAGCUUAUAGACACCAUUAUAUAUUAA